GUGCGCUGGAUAGGCCGUCAGCUGUUGGACGCAGUACUGUUCCUGCACAGGCGGGGAGUCGCAAUGAGGGAUUUGUCGCUGGAAAACGUGCUGAUAUUCCGGUGCGAGCAAACGGGGGCCAUCGUGCCUUGCCUGACAGACCCUGGGCAGGCAGUGGUGGCCUUGCCUGCGCGCACUGCUGCUGCACUUGCUGCUGCAGAGCAGCAGCAGCAGCAGCAGCAGCAGCAGGACAGCCUCGACGGCCUCAAACCCGCAGCCAUCAGAGACACCAGCCUCAUUGUGGCCAAAGCCCUGGCUCCAGAAGCAGCAGCAGAACGCCUCAGCCCUCCCAAAGUGCUGCUGCCCCCCAACAAGCUCUUCGGCAAAAGCUUCAGGCCCCCGGAGGUCUACACCCGCAAGCC